AUGGCAACAUGGCGAUGGCGGCUCCGACCGGCAGCGCGGCGCCCGGCGCCCCGGCGCUCUGCGGCCACCUGGCCCUGCUGCUGCUCCUCGCCGCCCCCGCCGCGCACGGCUACAGCUUCCCGCAGCAGCACACUAUGCAGUACUGGGCCAGAAGGCUGGAGCAGGAGAUUGAUGGAGUGAUGAGGAUAUUUGGUGGAGUCCAGCAGCUCAGAGGGAUCUACAAUGAGAACAGAAACCUGUUUGAAGUCAAGGAGAAUGUGCCCAGGAAGUUAGUGGAGAAGGUUGCAGGAGACAUCGAGAGCCUACUGGCCAAGAAAGUCCGUGCUUUAAAGAGGCUGGCCAACGCCGCGGAGAAGUUCCAGAAAGCCCACCACUGGCAGGACAACAUCCGGGAGGAAGACAUCGAGUACUACGACUCCAAGGCAGACACGGAAUACGUGAGUACCGUGAGUACCGACGAUCCUGAUGGAGAAGAGAUCGAGCGGGAGAAGUCCAACUCCCUGAAGCUGGAGUUCACCGACGACGCCAACUUCAAGACCAAGGUUAACUACUCGUACGCCGCAGUGCAGAUCCCCACGGACAUCUACAAAGGCUCCACCGUCAUCCUCAACGAGCUGAACUGGACGCAGGCGCUGGAGGACGUCUUCAUCGAGAACCGCAAGGAGGACCCCUCCCUGCUCUGGCAGGUUUUCGGCAGCGCCACCGGCGUCACCCGCUACUACCCCGCCACCCCGUGGAGAGCCCCCAACAAGAUCGACCUCUACGACGUGCGCAGACGGCCCUGGUACAUCCAAGGCGCCUCCUCCCCGAAGGACAUGGUCAUCAUCGUGGACGUGAGCGGCAGCGUGAGCGGCCUCACCCUCAAGCUGAUGAAGACCUCGGUGUACGAGAUGCUGGACACCCUUUCGGACGACGACUACGUCAACGUGGCCUCGUUCAACGAGAAGGCAAAGCCGGUGUCGUGCUUCAAGCACCUGGUGCAGGCCAACAUCCGUAACAAGAAGGUCUUCAAGGAGGACGUGCAGGGGAUGGUGGCCAAGGGCACGACCGACUACAAGGCCGGCUUCGAGUACGCCUUCGACCAGCUGCAGAACUCCAACAUCACGCGGGCCAACUGCAACAAGAUGAUCAUGAUGUUCACGGACGGCGGCGAGGACCGGGUGCAGGACGUCUUCGAGAAGUACAACUGGCCCAACAAAACGGUGCGUGUCUUCACCUUCUCCGUCGGGCAGCACAACUACGACGUGACCCCGCUGCAGUGGAUGGCGUGUGCCAACAAAGGUUACUAUUUCGAAAUCCCCUCCAUCGGCGCCAUCCGCAUCAACACACAGGAGUACCUGGACGUGCUGGGCAGACCCAUGGUCCUGGCCGGGAACCGAGCCAAGCAGGUUCAGUGGACCAACGUCUACCAGGACGCCCUGGGGCUGGGGCUGGUGGUGACGGGCACGCUGCCGGUGUUCAACCUGACGGAGGACAGCAGCGACAGGAAGAACCAGCUCAUCCUGGGCGUGAUGGGGAUCGACGUGGCGCUGAACGACAUCAAGAAGCUGACGCCGCGUUACAACCUGGGGGCGAACGGCUACGUCUUCGCCAUCGACCUGAACGGCUACGUGCUGCUGCACCCCAACCUGCAGCCCCAGAUCAUCAAUUUCCGCGAGCCGGUGACGCUGGACUUCCUGGACGCCGAGCUGGAGGACGAGAACAAGGAGGAGAUCCGGAGAAGCAUGAUUGACGGAAACGACGGGCAGAGGUUCAUCAAGACCCUGAUCAAGUCCCUGGACGAGCAAUACAUCGACGAGGUGUUCAGGACCUACACGUGGGCCCCCAUCAAAAGCACCAACUACAGCCUGGGGCUGGUCCUGCCGCCCUACAGCACCUACUACAUCCAGGCCAACCUCAGCGACCAGAUCCUGCAAGUGAAGUUACCAAACAUCAAAAUGAAGGAUUUUGAAUACCUGCUGCCAAACAGCUUUGAGUCGGAGGGACAUGUGUUCAUUGCUCCCAGAGAGUAUUGCAAAGACCUCGACUUGUCGGAUAACAACACCGAGUUCCUGGAGAACUUUAUUGCCCUCAUGGAAAAGGUGACCCCAGACUCCAAGCAGUGUGACAAUUUCCUCCUGCACAACCUGAUCCUCGACACGGGCAUCACGCAGCAGCUGGUGGAGCGCGUCUGGAAGGACCAGGACCUCAACACGUACAGUCUCCUGGCUGUCUUCGCAGCCACUGAUGGGGGCAUCACCCGCGUCUUCCCAAACAAGGCUGCGGAUGACUGGGAGGAGGAACCGGAGCCCUUCAAUGCCAGCUUCUACCGCAGGAGCCUGGAUAACAAGGGCUACAUCUUCAAACCGCCCUACCGGGACGCCGGAUACCGGGGGCUGGAUCUGGAGAACAACACCAUCGGGAUCCUGGUUAGCACCGCCGUGGAGCUCAGCAUCGGGGGCAAGACGCUGAAGCCAGCAGUGGUGGGGGUGAAGCUGGACCUGGAGGCCUGGGCGGAGAAGUUCAAGGUGCUGGCAAGCAACCGGACGGACCGCGACCAGCUGGGCGCCCGCCGGUGUGACCCCUCGAGCAGCUGCGAGAUGGACUGCGAGGCCAACAACAAGGACCUCAUCUGUGUCCUCAUUGACGACGGAGGCUUUCUGGUGCUCUCCAACCAGGAGGAUCACUGGUACCAGGUGGGCAAGUUCUUCAGCGAGGUGGACGCCAACCUGAUGUCCGCCCUCUACAACAACUCCUUCUACACCCGCAAGGAGUCCUACGACUUCCAGUCCGUCUGCGCCCCCGAGGCCCAGAGCAACACGGGCGCUGCGCCCCGCGGCGUCUUCGUGCCCACCGUGGCCGACCUGCUGAACCUCGCCUGGUGGACCUCAGCCGCGGCCUGGUCCCUCUUCCAGCAGUUCCUCUACGGCCUCACCUACAGCAGCUGGUUCCAGACGGAGGACGUGACGGCUGACAGCAUGGAGGCCCGGGAGACGAGCUGCAUCAUGAAGCAGACGCAGUACUACUUCAGCACCGUCAACGCCACCUACAACGCCAUCAUCGACUGCGGGAACUGCUCCAGGCUCUUCCACGCGCAGAGGCUGGCCAACACCAACCUGCUCUUCGUGGUGGCCGACAAGCCCCUCUGCAGCCAGUGCGAGUCUGUCAAGCUGCUGCAGGCGGAGGUCAGGGCUCCCCCGAGAGACCCGAACCAGUGCGAGCUGGUGGACAGGCCCCGCUACCGGAAAGGCCCCCACAUCUGCUUCGACUACAAUGCAACCGAAGAUACCUCAGACUGCGGCCGAGGGGCUUCCUUCGCCCCCUCCCUCGGGGUCCUGCUCUCCCUGCAGCUGCUGCUCCUCUACUCCAGCGCCAGCCGGCACCCGCUGCCCCUGGCCGCCUGCCUUUAA